UCAAACUUCUGUCAAAAUGGAGAAAUUGACAAAGCUGUUACAAUGCUCCAUAGCCACAUGGUGUACCAGGAUGUGAUCUCCACUGACGACCUUUCUGCCCUCUUCCUUCACUGUAGCCAUAGAAACCACCACCACCACUGCUGCAAGCUUCUGCCCCUCCUGGUGGAGAAGCAAUGUGCUGUACAACAGUUACUUGAUGAGAUGGUGUCAAUGUGCAGGCAGCAGCCACCCUCUCCACCCAUCACACAGUUGCUAUGGGCAACCAUCAACCUAGCCAAACAACAUCAAAUCAAAUUGGCCGAGUCGUCAGUUUUAGCUAUACUCGGGUGUUUUGAGCAGAUGUGUGCGUGGGCAUGGUACUGGGAAACCGUCUGUUGGGUUGUCAGUGGAGCAGGUACGCACCAACCAAUGAAAAAGAUGCAUUUGGGGGUGAAGGUGGCACUCAACAGACAUGUGCAGACAGCAUUGCAGGUGGCACUCAACAAUCCAGAUAAUCUAAUAUAUCCGGCUGUUAAACUGCUAGACACAAUGGAAACAGAUCAAUUGCAUAGCCUAGAUGAACAGGUAUUCCAAAACCUAAUGGCCAUGUUUGCUGCCCAGGAGGUGGACACGAGAAGAUUUGUGUAUGCCCGCUCGUUGAACCUUCCCGGCACAAGGCAGUCACCAUACAUGCUUAUUGCUACCAAGCUGGAUACCCCUGGGAGGAGUUUUACCCCUACAGACUUCUUGAACGUAUCAACCCCUUCACCUGGACAGUUCGAGAACCAGCCUGGUGAAUCAGGGACUGGUACACAGGAUGGGAAAGGGAAAAGUGAUGGAAAUGAAGACAGAAGCUUUAAAGCAGUAGUGGCCAAAAUAGAGCAUGCUGGAGAGGUGUUAGACUGGGGUAAAAUGGCGUGCAUAUAUAUUGACGAGUGUCAGCAUUCCUCCCCGAUGGACUCGCGCCUGUUACACGAGUUUCAGAAGGCGUUCCUGCGGUCAUCCCUGUCUGUGAUUGGUCACACUUGGGAUGACUUCUAUCGACAAGUUAUCCAGAUAAACAAAAACAAGUUGUGUGAGGACCCCAACCUUGAGGUUGACGUGGGAGGGCUGAGUUCACUAGGCCGUGAGUUGUUCUGUGAGGCAUACAGGGCCAAGGAGUGGAAUCAGGCAUUCUGGGUCCUCCUGGUGUGUCAGAAUAGGGGCUGCUCUUUCCUGGGACCCACCCCCGCUUGGAAUCUCAAGCCAAGAACCAGGAAUGGAGGGAGUGGGGCCCCUGCCGAAGAACGUGUUGAUCUGGAGCAGGGCAAUAUCUGUCUAAUGGCUCUUGCCAUAGAUUGCUGUCUGAAGGCGGAUAAUCCUAAAUUAGCAUCUCGACUAGUCAAUGAAACAGCAAUCAAGGAUUACCCUAGUGAGGCCAGGGCAGAGAUAGUUUCACAGUUCACCAGUCUUCUACAACAGCUGUGUGCCUGCUCCUUGCUUCAGGAGGCCUUCCAUGUGCUCAAAACUGCAACGAGCCUCAUGUUUCAAGCAGGAAGUGAAAUGGUGCAUUCAGAUGAAUUUGAUGUGUCUGAGACUGGCGGGGACCUGUUGCUCUGUUGUCUACGGCAAGAGCAGAUCGACCUCGCCCUCAAGGUAUAUCACCUGCUUCGUGGCCUUCAGGUGCCUGCCCGUAUUCAUGACGACGUGAACCGCUCAGUCCUCAACGCUCUUGCACGCAUGGGAAAGCCAGACAUGGCACGGGAAGUCUACCACCAGCUGCAGGAUACCAUUCUGUUUAAGGAGCAGAGUCUCAAGUCCCCAAGGUGUAUAGUUCUCCAUCAAAGCAACUCUCGUGAGGAGAUAACUCUGAUUGUAAACAAGUACCUUUCCACGCUGUACAGGAAAUUCUCGGAUCAUCUUCGUAGUAACAAGCCCCUGUCAAGAGACAAACUCCUCCUGACAGUUACCUUUAACCCAGACACGAGGUUCUGUCCAAAUAGGCAGAAGUUACCAUACCUCCCAAGUUACCCAGUCACCCUGAAGGAAGUGCAACAGUUGCUAGGGCGACCAGACCAUGUUACACCUCCCUUGACCUCUGAACUUGAUGGGGAGCAGCUAUUGGUGGAGCCCAGGAGUCUAGAGGAACAUCUGCGGGCCUUGCAUGAUGCAUGCGACGUUGAUGUUAACAUCUCUGAACAAAAAGUUGCUAUACAUAAACAACUGGACAUCCAAAAUAUUCCCAUGAGCCCAGAGGUGCACUUACCAAGUGGUGGGCUCAGUUCUCCACAAGCCCAGGAUACGCAUUUUCCCAAUGAAGGGUCAAACACUUCAUCCAUUUUAUUCUCUGACUGUGGCAGCCAUCUUGUCAACGUUUCCUCGAGUUGGGAGGAGCAGGAUCUUUUCUCUUUGACACCAAUGUCAACCGAUUGUGCUGUUCAACCUGUUGCUAUGAAUACAGAUGAGGUUCAUGCUGUUGCUACAAAUACAAAUGAGCUUUACACUGUUGCUGUGGAUACAAAUGGGGUUCACUCUGUUGCUACAAAAACAAAUUGGGUAAAUACUGUUGCUACGGACACAGAUGAGCUUAACACUGUUGCGAUGGAUACAGAUGGUGCCCACACUGUUGCUAUGGACAUAGAUUGCAUUCACACUGUUUCUAGAGAUACAGACGAGGUUCACACUGUUGCUUCUGAUUCACACAGAGUUUGUACUGUUGCUAUGGAUACAGACAAAACUCAAGGUUUUUCAUCCAUCAUUCCGGAAGUGUGUGAUAAUAAGGAUGAGGGGGAUCAAGUAUUGCAACCAUCAAACUGUGAGAGAACCUUUGCUACCACCAAGAACCUCAAUGAUAAUGUCUCUACCUUGCCAGGACUGGAAAUAAAUGGUGAACAUACAAGUUUUUCGGGACAAGAGUGUUUACAACAUGUGGUGUCAAGUCAGAAUCAUCAAGAACCGUGGCAGGAAAAAGUGCUAUAUGCUAACAUGGCCCAUGAUAUUUCAAAAGGUAUGAAAACAGCUACUCAUGGUGUUAAAUCUGAUGCUAUGUUUGCAUCAUCAUAUUCUCCUGCGACAUGUUUACCAUCACUUACUGAUACCGUACCAAAUGUUCAUAGUUUAGACACUAGUGACCAUGAUCGAUCAAUCAGUAUUGCAAGUUCAGAUGUAGAUCCCUCGUCUCCUGCCAUAUCUGGGGAAGGCAUGUUACUGUCACCACUCUCUCGACCAAGUAGCUGUAGUACAGACUUGGAUGAUGAGGAGGAUGUGGACGUCCGGGACAAACCACCUGCACUUGUUAUUCACAGAGUGUAAAAAUGGAAGAAUUUGUAACUCUUUUACUUCGAUUUUCCAUUCAUGGAGUUCGGCCAAAUCAUAAUACGUCACUAUACAUAAAAACACAAAAACAGGAAUCUGAAAAUUGAAAUAUGCAAACAUUCGAAUAAUAAACUGGUGUCAACAUAAUCAAAGGAUUUUCGCGUCACAUCGAAUGUGCUAGAAUCUUCAGCCAUUUUUCCAAAUAAUGGGACAAUAACUAUAAAAAGAAUUCUUAGGACUUGAACACCUUUCCCCAUUGGAAAAGAUCCUCAAACCAACAACUUCUGUUAAGGAUGUACAUAGGACAAUUGAACAAAUCAGUGAAAUUGAAAUCAACGAUGAUUUGAGGGUAAUAUUUGAAGACAUGUCCCUGUUGGAAACAUCAACUGCAGUUCAAAUAGCCUUAUUUCGUGAUUAAGGUCGAUACAAUUGAGGAAAUGGAUAUUGAAACAAUUGAAGAUAUAAUACAGAAAAUUUCAUCUGUGUGAGAUUAUCUUAAAUCAGUAAAUCAAAUUGAAACAAUGUCAAAUUCACAACCCUUCUAGCAGAGAGAAAGUUGCCAUUUUUUUAUCAUCAUCAUCAUCAUCAUCAUCAUCAUCAUCAUCAUCAUCAUCAUCAUCAUCAUCAUCAACAAAUCAUCAACAAAAAAUUGUCAAACUGAGCCAUUUCUUUUUGCUGUAUGAAAUACUAUAAAAAAAUAUAUAUGUGGCUAAUUUUCAUGCUAGAACAUUAUUCUCUCCAAAACCACAGUGGAUCUAACCUUUCACAAUUGAAAUAUGUCUCCCACAUUCAUGGUAAAGUUUGUUUUAAGGUCAAAGAAAAAGGUUACAUGACUAUAGUUUCUGUCCAUUCCAUUUCUCUUGAACUGCUUGAAGGAUUUUGAAACUUGCCACAAACUUUCACCAUAUUCAGAUGAAGUCACACUUAAAGGUCAAAGGUCAUAUGACUAGGUUCAACAUAUUAUUAUCAGAUGUGCAUACAUGUAGUUGCAUACCUCAGUUUUAAAUUACAUAAACAACUUUAGUUUAGUCUAGUCAAGUCUAGUUUACUUUAUUACUGUACUGGGGUGUUUAAAGUAAAAUUAUGAACAAUAUUGGCAAUGAUAUAUGAUGAUUAAAAGUGCAACUAUGUUAUUUACAACAAUUAAAGGAUAUUAAUACCUGUUACUAAAAGCUCAAACUUGAAUAUGGUUUCCUGCGCCCUGUAUAUCUCAUAUCGGGUCACCUACUAACCCCGUAACGUAUAUAUCAUGUUGACCGCCUGUUAACAUGUUUAAAUAUUUUAUUUAUUCAUCGAAAUAUUCAUCGGAAACAGAAAAUAGACGCCAUUUUGGUACGAUAUAAAUUUGGUGACCCAAUAUGGAAAAAAAUAUGGGGUCAGCACGUGACCAGUCCUGGACCAAUGACGUUGCUUCAUUUAUGUUGGAGGCAUGAUAUUAUAAGUUACGGGGUUACUGUAGGUGUCCCGAUAUGGGAUAUACAAGGCAACGGAAACCAUAUCGGGUGAGAACAAAGGUCGAAUUUGAAUAUGGUUUCCUGGCACCGUAUAUCCCAUAUCGGGUCACCUACUAACCUGGUAAUGUAUAUAUCACAUUGACAACCUGUUUAAAUGUUUCAUUUAUUCAUCAGAAUCGGUAAAUAGACGCCAUUUUUAUUAAGAUAUAAAUUUGUUGACCAAAUAUGGAAAAAAAUAUGGGGUCAGCGCGUGACCAGUCCAGUGGACCAAUGGCAUUGCAUCAUUUAUGUUAGAGGCGUGAUAUAGAUCUGUAUAUUGUCCAGAAUCACUGCAAAUAAACAAGUCUCAGAUCUAUAUUUAGAAAUCACUGACAUAGGUCAUUAUUAUAAUCAAUUGAGCAAAUUUAGCUGAUAUAUAACCAAUUGAGAAUGCACCCUGAUUGUUUUUAUACUAGAAAUCAUGCAGAAAAAGGUGUAAUAAAGGAUACAUGUAUUUUCAUUUAGCCAAACUAAUAAAUGACCCAAAAAAUUGACUGAGUGAAAUAGCACAUUACUAACCUACAGUUUAAUGCAUUAAAAGUUAUAAUAGUAAAUAAUAAGGAUUAGGUCUCGAAAAAAGUGCCCUCUUGUUGGUGAAAAGUGGCUUAUUUCUUACUUUUUUUAACAUUGACAAUGCAAAGUAACAUACACAACACACAUAAUUAACUGCUGUAUGAAUAAAAUCUUACCGUUAUUAAAAGAUAAACAAUAAAACCUUUUUCCAAUGUCAUGUUAAACAUACAUGUAACAGCCAUUGAAAUCAUCUUGAAUAUCAGAAUGCAUACAGUCUCCUUUAUACGUAGUGAUGGUGGGUUUAAACAAGAUCAAAAUUAAUAUUUGGGUAUCAAACAUUGAUUACAAACAUGCCAUAUCCCCCUGUGGAGGGAAAAAUCCCCCAGAAUUUCGACCCUUCACCUGGUCCCCCACUGGGGGAUUUAUAUCCCAUGGAAUGAAAAAAAAAAAAAAAAAAAAAAUUAUUAUAAUUUUGCAAAAAACUGUCUAAAGGUUGACAGUGAAAAGCAUCCAUAAUAUUAUGAUUUCAAAAAUUUAUUGUAACAUAAGUGUGUUUCUGUUUUUUUCUUACAUAAAUGUAGAUAUUGCGCUUGAUUUUGCUGUGUAAAAAUCUCCUAGUGUAAUACCAAAAUCCCCUGGAAUUCAGACCAAAAUCUCCUGGGAAGCCUCUCAGAAAUGUGGCGUGUAUGUAUGUGAUAUUGUGUUUUUGUUAUGAAAACGAUUUUGAAAGUAUUGAUUGAUUUUAUUUAUUUUUCGCUAGACAAUUAAUUUAUUUUAUCUGACCUACGGUCUACAGCAUUUCUUGUGUUUAAACAUGUACAAAUAAUAUAAUAUGAUUGUUAAUAUAUAGUUUUAUUGUCUUUUGAUUGUUGUUUUAAUUAUACAGUACAUUUUAUUGUAGAUUUAUAAAUUCUUAUGAUAUGUAAUACAAUGCUCAUAAAUUUACAAUAUUAUUAAUAUUAUCCCAUAAUGAAUGGUGAAAUAAACUUUGAAAUGUU